AUGAAUGUAGUAACUAUUCCCACAUUUGCUGGAGGAAAUCAAGAUUUAGUGGCAUGGUUAGAUAGAUCAUUAGAAUGUGUAGUCUUGGCAGGCUUUUUAAAAGAAUUAGACAUAUUGAUUAAUCACUCCUCAAUAGUAAUAAUAAUUAGAAUAUAUGGAGAACAGAAAUGCCCUUUAGAUGAAGUAGAUGAGUUUCUAAUAACAGUUGGAGACAAAACAAUUACCUCUCAUGCAGUAGUAACAGAUGCUAAGAAUUAUGCUGCAAUUAUCAUAGAAAUAAAAAAAAUAAGAAUACCUACUGAAUAUUGCAGGCUUGCAAAUAUUAAUGAACAAAGUAAAAAGAAAGAGAAUUUAAAACAGAAUAAAAAGAGAACUAAUAAAGAAGAAUAUAUGUCAGAAGAAAAACCAAAUUGA